AUGGACAGAACAGGACCGAAUAAGAACAAGAGUAAAUGGGCCAAGUUGCCUUCACUGUCUGGAUUUGCCUUCGCUGUUAAUGGGUGGGUCCAAUCUUAUGGAUCCCAUUGUGUGCAGCCACCAAUUAUCUAUGGUGAUGUGAGCCGCCCCAAGCCCAUGACCUUCUUUUGGUCUUCAAUAGCUCAUAGUUUUACCAAACGGCCCAUGAAGGGAAUGCUGACUGGCACUUUUACCAUUUUGAACUGGUCAUUUGUGAGAAAUGAUCAGCACAGAUUUGAGACCUGCUAUCAGAUUGCUUUGGCCAUCAAGGAUGAAGUUGAGGAUCUUGAGAAAGCUGGAAUUACUGUCAUCCAGAUUGACGAGGCUGCUCUGAGGGAAGGUUUGCCUCUUAGGAAGUCUGAUCAGGCUUUCUAUCUAAACUGGGCUGUUCACUCCUUCAGGAUCACCAACUGUGGCGUUCAUGACACAACACAGAUCCAUACCCACAUGUGCUACUCACAUUUCAAUGACAUUAUUCACUCGAUCGUAGACAUGGAUGCCGAUGUUAUCACCAUUGAGAACUCCAGAUCAGAUGAGAAGCUUCUCUCAGUCUUCCGUGAUGGAGUGAAAUAUGGUGCUGGCAUUGGUCCUGGUGUGUAUGACAUCCACUCACCUAGGAUCCCAUCCACUGAAGAAAUAGCCGACCGAAUCAACAAGAUGCUUGCAGUCUUGGAGAGCAAAAUUCUCUGCGUCAACCCUGAUUGUGGUCUCAAGACACGUAAAUAUUCUGAGGUUAAGCCUGCUCUUAGCAACAUGGUUGCUGCCGCCAAAUUCCUCCGCACUCAGCUCGCAAGUGCUAAGUGAAGUCCAGAAUUUGCAUAAAAAGGAAAGCUAAUCUUGCAUUUGAGAAGCAGACUUUCUCUACGGAAGUCCAAAUAAUAUGUGGCUUUUUGUUUAAGAUGAUGUUUUCUUUUGGAUUAUCUAAUUUUUCUUACUUUUCUUUGAGGUGAUGAAUAUUUACUAAUAUAUGAAUUGUAUUGUGUUUUUUUUUUUUUUUUUU